ACAGAGCAAGACAGCAGUUCCUGUUUCAGUGGGUAUGUUAGCCUAAGCAGCGAGAGGGAUCCUGUCGAAACAAGGCAUUGUGUGUGAGGGUCCCGUCUUCUGAUGCUACCUGGACCGCCACAGAGACCGGGCCUGCUGUGGAAUUCCCACCCCUCAGAAAGAACGACAGCUGGGACAGAGAACAGACAGCAACGUCCACAUACAGGAGAAAUAAUAGCUUGGAAGUUCAUAGAGGUGGACUGGAAGAGAAGGGACAGUCCUGAAUGUGUAGUACAGUAGAAGCACCAUCUAUGUCAGAGAGUAACAGGGUGAUAGCUGCUUUUCUGUCCAUCCACAUCCACCUGGGCAAGAUUGAAUCAGUGUUGUCAACCCAGUGCCACGUCUCAAUUGUUGCUCAGUAAACAUGAGCGUGGUAUCUCUACCCAAAGGAAAGUCGGCCAGUAACCCCAUACACUGGAAACGGCAUCAUGCAAUGUGAUUGGUUUUGUUACAAACGCUAAAGAAUUUCAGAGGCAGCAUUCACUAAAACGGUGAUUUGCAUCAUUUGGAGAGAGCAAAUCUAAAGUAUUUUUAUUUUAUUUUUUUACCUUGGAAAUUAACAGUUUACAACCUUUAGAUUUUUGCUCCAAGAGAUUGGUCUGAUUACCUCUGGAAUCAUGGGGGCCACUGGUUAUGGAUACUAUCGUAUGGUUAUCUUCUUCUCCAUGUUUACUGGCUACUCCCUGUACUACUUCAACAGGAAGACCUUCUCUUUUGUCAUGCCCUCUGUGAUGGAGGAGAUUAAACUGGACAAGGAUGACUUGGGCCUGAUCACCAGUAGUCAGACCAUGGCCUAUGCCAUCAGUAAGUUCAUCAGUGGUGUAUUGUCCGACCAGAUCAGCGCUCGCUGGCUCUUCUCCAUUGGCCUCUUGGUGGUGGGGGGCAUCAACGUGAUCUUCUCAUGGUCUUCCACUGUGACUGUGUUUUCUGCUCUGUGGUUUGUCAACGGUCUGGGCCAGGGCUUAGGCUGGCCACCAUGUGGGAAGGUGCUGCGCAAGUGGUUUGAGCCGUCUCAGUUUGGGACAUGGUGGGCAGUGCUGUCCUGCAGCAUGAACCUGGCCGGUGGAUUGGGUCCUCUCCUGGCUAUGGUAUUGCUUCAGUACUACGACUGGAGGACUAUCCUGUCCAUGUCAGGCAUCAUCUGUGCAUCCUUUUCUGUCAUCUGCCUGGUGUUUAUAAAGAACGAACCCAAAGACGUGGGCCUGCCCAGCAUUGAGGCCUCAGCCAAGAAAGGAGUAGCCAACUGUGACAGUACUCUGAGUGAGUUCCUGCUGUCUCCAUACCUGUGGGUGCUGUCCCUAGGCUACUUGGUAGUGUUCGGGGUGAAGACAGCAUGCACUGACUGGGGCCAGCUCUAUCUCAUACAGGAUAAGGGCCAGACUGUCCUCAUAGGCAGUUCCUACAUGAGUGCCUUGGAGGUUGGAGGUCUGGUGGGCAGCCUCGCAGCUGGCUUCCUGUCUGACAGGGCUGUUGCUAGGCAAGGUUUGGGUACCCAUGGUAACCCUCGCCAUGUCCUCCUGCUCUCCAUGAUGGCUGGCAUGUUUUUGUCCCUAUACCUGUUCCGUGUCACUAUCACAGCUGAGGCCCUAAAGGAAGCUCCCGUCUGGGUAGUGGCCCUUCAUCCUCUCUCUGUCCUUAUUGGCCUGUCAGAGAAAGAGAUCUGGAUACUUUCCCUGGGUGCUAUGUUUGGAUUCUCCUCUUAUGGACCCAUCGCAUUGUUUGGUGUGAUAGCCAAUGAAAGUGCUCCAGCAAACUAUUGUGGGUCCUCCCAUGCCAUCGUAGCUCUCAUGGCCAAUGUUGGGGCUUUCUUUGCGGGACUCCCCUUCAGCACCAUCGCUAAAUACUACAGCUGGGACAUGGCCUUCUGGGUAGCUGAAGUGACCAUUGCCGUGACGACAGUCAUCUUCUUUCUGUUCCGUAACAUUCGCACCAAAAUGGGCCACAUCCCCCAGAAAAUGGAUUGAUUGAUCUCUGCAUCUCCUGAGCUAUGCACAGGUUCCUGCUGUGUGACUGGGUGAAUAUUCUACAGCAAGGGUUGUUGGACUGGCUGCACAUUACAUAGCCCCUAAAGUACACCUCCUAUCCCUGGAAACACAACACUGUGUCAAAGUGAUCUCACCUCCAGACGUUUUAGAUGUUAGCAACCAUGUUUUCUAAAAGGAUACUUUGCUACACUUUAGUUUGUCAUUUAAUACACCGUCAGAAUCAAACUCCUCACAAGCCGUACAGUUCUAAGCACCUAUGGAAUCUACACCUACGGCAUCCACUCACAGUAAUGACUUCCAAAAGUAUAGUAUAUCAUGUAGGCCUAAGUCCUAAAUUUCGAAUAAUCUGUUCUCUUACCACUUAUUUAGUCGGUAUAAUAACUAAUAUUAUUUGAAGCAUGUUGUUGAUACACAGUGACUCUGCUGUCCAUUGCAUAGAUUGCCUUCAGUGGAUGCCAAAUGUCUUGAAGUUCCCGAAUGCUUCAUUGAUGAGCCAGCAUUAAAACUAUGUAUGUAUAGAAAUUUGCACAAAACGGUCAUGUUUGACGAUCACAGUAGUAUUUCCCUUUCACUAAUUCUUCAUUUAUAAAAUAAUGUUCAGUCAGGAAAAUAGAUACUUUACGACAAACACGACAUCUAUUUUUGAUGACAUACUGGCUUUACUAAAUGGACUUUUAAAGUUUAGAGAUCUUAGCUAGUUGUCUAUGAAAAUAUUUAAAUGCAUCAACCUAAAAGGGAUAGUUCAGGAUUUUGGCAUUGAGGCCCUUUAUCUACUUCCCCAGAGUCAGAUGAACAUUUUCAUGUAUCUACGUGCAGUUUGAAGGAAAUUGCUAACUUAAGGUGAUGUAGCUGUGUGAAAAAAAUGUAUAAUCUAUGGGGGUGAAAAAUAUUUAGGCUAACUAUAAUUUUUUUUCGCUAUUGUUGUUUCAAAUACUGUUAUUAUUACACAGAGAUUGAUUUCCCCUACACAUUUUUCAACAUACAGUGGGGCAAAAAAGUAUUUAGUCAGCCACCAAUUGUGCAAGUUAUCCCACUUAAAAAGAUGAAAGAGGCCUGUAAUUUUCAUCAUAGGUACACUUCAACUAUGACAGAAAAAAUGCGGGAAAAAAAUCCAGAAAAUCACAUUGUAGGAUUUUUAAUGAAUUUAUUUGCAAAGUAUGGUGGAAAAUAAGUAUUUGGUCACCUACAAACAAGCAAGAUUUCUGGCUCUCACCGACCUGUAACUUCUUCUUUAAGAAGCUCCUCUGUCCUCCACUCGUUACCUGUAUUAAUGGCACCUGUUUGAACUUGUUAUCAGUAUAAAAGACACCUGUCCACAACCUCAAACAGUCACACUCCAAACUCCACUAUGGCCAAGACCAAAGAGCUGUCAAAGGACACCAGAAACAAAAUUGUAGACCUGCACCAGGCUGGGAAGACUGAAUCUGGAAUAGGUAAGCAGCUUGGUUUGAAGAAAUCAACUGUGGGAGCAAUUAUUAGGAAAUGGAAGACAUACAAGACCACUGAUAAUCUCCCUCGAUCUGGGGCUCCACGCAAGAUCUCAGCCCGUGGGGUCAAAAUGAUCACAAGAACGGUGAGCAAAAAUCCCAGAACCACACGGGGGGACCUAGUGAAUGACCUGCAGAGAGCUGGGUCCAAAGUAACAAAGCCUACCAUCAGUAACACACUACACCGCCAGGGACUCAAAUCCUAGAGAGCCAGACAUGUCCCCCUGCUUAAGCCAGUACAUGUCCAGGCCCGUCUGAAGUUUGCUAAAGAGCAUUUGGAUGAUCCAGAAGAAGAUUGGGAGAAUGUCAUAUGGUCAGAUGAAACCAAAAUAUAACUUUUUGGUAAAAACUCAACUCGUUGUGUUUGGAGGACCAAAGAAUGCUGAGUUGCAUCCAAAGAACGCCAUACCUACUGUGAAUCAUGGGGGUGGAAACAUCAUGCUUUGGGGCUGUUUUUCUGCAAAGGGACCAGGACGACUGAUCCGUGUAAAGGAAAGAAUGAAUGGGGCCAUGUAUUGUGAGAUUUUGAGUGAAAACCUCCUUCCAUCAGCAAGGGCAUUGAAUAUGAAACGUGGCUGUGUCUUUCAACAUGACAAUGAUCCCAAAUACACCGCCCAGGGCAAAGAAGGAGUGGCUUCGUAAGAAGCAUUUCAAGGUCCUGGAGUGGCCUAGCCAGUCUCCAGAUCUCAACCCCAUAUAGUAAGUCUUUGGAGGGAGUUGAAAGUCCGUGUUGCCCAGCAACAGCCCCAAAACAUCACUGCUCUAUGGGCCAAAAUACCAGCAACAGUGGGUGAAAACCUUGUGAAGACUUACAGAAAACGUUUAACCUCUGUCAUUGCCAACAAAGGGUAUAUAACAAAGUAAUGAGAAACUUUUGUGAUUGACCAAAUACUUAUUUUCCACCAUAAUUUGCAAAUAAAUUAAUUGAAAAUGCUACCAUGUGAUUUUCUGGAUUUUUUUUCUCAUUUUGUCUGUCAUAGUUGAAGUGUACCUAUGAUGAAAAUUACAGGCCUCUCUCAUCUUUUUAAGUGGGAGAACUUGCACAAUUGGUGGCUGACUAAAUACUUUUUUGCCCCACUGUAUAGUAAUAUCAGAAUCACCCAAGUUCUGUAGCCUAUGCUGUUGCGGAUGCAACACUUUCUGGCUGUGGGCUAACCUGGGACAUUUCCGGAUUGCCAAAAUCCCGAUUCCCGAACUAUCCCUUUAAUAAUGUGAAGUCUUGAAAGCAUUAAAGUAUGCACACAGUCCAAGUGUUUGUCACAGGAUACUGUUUUGUCACUACAGGUUUUGUUAUUAGACAAUGUGGUCACAGAUGCUGGGUUUACACAGGUAUACCAAUUCUGAUCUUUUCCCCAAUUAUUGGUAGAAGAGCUGAUCUGAUUUGUGAAAAAAUAUCAGAAUUAGAUUUCUGAGCCUGGUCCCAUACUGUAUGAGCUGUGGCCAACUCUUCUAUGUUUGCAUUUACACAGGCAGCUCAAUUCUGAUGUUUAUUUCUUCACUAAUUAGUCUCUGAAAUAGAUCAGAUAUUGUUUUAUAGCUGAUUUGAUUGGUCAAAAUACCAAUUAGUUGGGGGGGAAAUAUCCUAAAUGGGCUGCCUGUGUAAAUGCAGCCAAAGAGGCUGGAACACCAGGCUCGCAUCAUCCUGAUAUUUUCACCAAAGUAUGAAAUGUUGCAUUUAUACACAGGUAGCCUAAUUCUGAUCUUUUGCCCAAUUAUUGGCAAAAUAGCUGAUCUGAUUGGUCAAAAUACCAAUUAGUGAAAUAAAAAAUCAGAAGUGGGCUGUCUGUGUCAACACAUCCACUGGUUACAUUCCCCUGCUCAGACGUUGCAUGCAUCAAGCAAUAGCUUCGUUCCGCGUCAUCGACUGUCAUUGACUGACAGAUUGCUAUAACAUAUGAUGUGGUUAGCUGAUACUUAAAAUACCUAUUCAGGCUCUGUAAGAUCUGGCAUGCAUCAGCAACGCCUGGGCUGAGCAAUGCGCCCAAUGGUUGCGUUUACACAGGCAGCCUUAUUCUGAUCUUUUGCCAAUAAUUGGUCUUUCGGCCAAUCAGCUCAGCUCUUUAUCCAUUAAUUAUAGUAAUACUGUGAAAUUGUGAAAAUUAUGAUAAUGCCAUUUUUUUGUGUAAGAGCUGUUUGAAAAGACAGCCUGAAAUUUCAGCCUGUUUUGGUGGAAUGGAGUUUUGGCCUUCCUGGUGUUAUCACCAGGCGGUAAAUUAGUUAAUAGACCAAUAAGAAAGAGUUACAGACAUCUUGGCUAAUAACCGCUACAUUGACAGUUUUCCCCUCUCAGACAGUCUUAGCUAAAUUCUUACUUGAGAAAUUGCUCUUUGCUAAGAAGCUAUUUUUGUUUGUUUUAAAAUGGUAAACAAAUAAUCACAGAAAGGUACUUGUACCCAGAAAUUAUUUGAUAUUGGGAUAAAAAUGGCUGCAUUGGACCUUUCCACAAGCAGUUUAUAAUUGAAAAAUAUUUAUCUCACUAUUCUGUGCCACUCAGGCAUAUUUGUGUAACUGGAAUUAUUGAAAUGAUAAGGAAAACUAAUAAAGAGCAAUGAAUGUA